AUGGAUGUUCGCCAAGAGAAAAGGAUCAGAGGUGUCAUGGUGUUUGACAUCACAGAGGAAGAGUACCUUAACCCUGGCAAGCUCCUUGACAGCGUACUGCACCUUGUUGUAAAGGAAGGAGCAUUUAUUGGAAGGCUCACUACAUGGACGGCCGAUGAUGGCAAGAGCAAUAUGGAGCAGGUGAAGGUGGCGCUGAGAGAAGAUGUUAGCCUGGACCUAUUUCACCCUGACUGGCUGAAAAGGCAGACUGUCAUAGAGAAAACUGUUUUUUACAUUGACCCUCUACAUGGCACCACUGUGACUGAAAAGGACAGAUUAAAACUUGCCAGGCUGCAGCGAACUGCGCAGAAGGAAAUUCUUCAUUCGAACUCUCAGGAUGUUCAGGGAACCUCUCUGUGA